AUGGCAGUGACCUCUGGUGAGCCGCCGCUCAGCCAAGCCGUCGGCUAUGGCGUUGUCAUUGGCCUGGGUUUCGCCUUUGCUUUCGGCAUGAUUUUGACCACCUUCAUCCUCAAGAGAUACAACUCUGAGCUGCAGACGAGUGAAAUGUUCAGCACUGCCGGAAGAACUGUCAAAUCUGGUCUCGUUGCCUCGGCCGUCGUCUCGUCCUGGACUUGGGCCGCAACUUUGCUGCAAUCCUCUGGUGUGGCCUACAACUAUGGCAUCUCGGGGCCUUUUUGGUACGCUUCUGGCGCAACUGUGCAGAUCAUCCUCUUUGCCACCCUCGCCAUCGAGCUGAAGCGAAGGGCGCCCAACGCCCACACCUUUCUCGAAGUCAUUCGCGCACGCUACGGCGCAGUCACCCACAUGGUCUUUAUGGUUUUUGCCCUGAUGACGAACAUCCUCGUUACCGCCAUGCUUCUCACUGGCGGCUCCGCAGUGGUCACCUCCCUGACUGGCAUGCACACCGUGGCCGCUUGCUUUCUGCUCCCAGUCGGCGUCGUGCUGUACACCAUGUUUGGAGGCAUCAAGGCUACCUUCCUGACCGACUAUGCCCAUACUGUCGUCAUCUUGAUCAUUAUUUUCGUCUUUGCUUUCACCACUUAUGCCACCCAUGACAUCGCUGGCAGCCCUGGCCGCGUAUACGACCUGCUCGUCGAGGCGUCCGCACGUCACCCCGUCGAGGGCAACGCCGAAGGCAGCUAUUUGACCAUGCGCUCAAAGGAGGGCGCCAUAUUCUUUGUCAUCAACAUCGUGGGCAACUUCGGCACCGUCUACCUGGACAACGGGUACUGGAACAAGGCAAUCUCCGCUUCUCCCGUCCACGCCCUGCCCGGAUAUAUCAUGGGCGGUCUCAGCUGGUUUGCCAUCCCUUGGCUCGCGGCAACCACCAUGGGCAUGGCGGCACUCGCCUUGGAGAGCAACCCCGUUUUCCCGACCUACCCGAACCGGAUGAACCCAGCCGACGUAUCCGCCGGCCUCGUGCUCCCGGAGGCCUCUGUCGCGCUGUUGGGAAGCGGCGGUGCAGCGGCGACGCUUUUGCUGAUUUUCAUGGCCGUGACGUCUGCCAUGUCCGCCGAACUGAUCGCCGUGUCGUCCAUCUUCACGUACGACGUCUACCAGACGUACUUCAACCCGAAGGCGACCGGCAAGCAACUCAUCAACAUGUCCCACUGCAUGGUCGUGGGCUUCGCCGUCGUCAUGGCCGCAUUCAGCACCGGCCUAUACUACGCAGGCAUCUCCAUGGGCUACCUCUACCUCCUCAUGGGCGUCAUCAUCUCCUCUGCCGUCCUCCCCGCCACCCUCACCCUCCUGUGGAGCAAGCAAAACUGGGCCGCCGCCACCUUCUCGCCGCCGCUCGGCCUCGCGUGCUCGCUCAUCGCCUGGCUCGUGACGGCCAAGAAGGAGUCGGGCACGCUCUCGGUCGACACGACGGGCGCCAACAACCCCAUGCUCGCCGGCAAUGUCACCGCCCUCCUCUCCCCGCUCCUCUUCAUCCCCGUCCUCACCUACACCUUCCGCCCCCAGAACUACGACUGGCUCUCCAUGCGCGCCAUCCGCCAGGCCGAUGACCACGACCUCCUCGCCGCCGACCCCGAACUCGACGCCCCCGCCGCCCCCGGCACAACCGCCACAACCACCGCCACCAUGACUCCAGACGAAGAAGCCGCCGAGCAAGCCAACCUCACGCGCGCCUCGCGCCUCGCCCGCGCGCUCUGCGCCUUCCUCGCCGUGGCCUUCCUCGUCCUGUGGCCCAUGCCCAUGUACGGCAGCGCCUACGUCUUCUCCAAGCCCUUCUUCACCGGCUGGGUCGUCGUCGGCAUCCUGUGGCUGUUUUGCAGCACCGCCUGCGUCGGGCUGUAUCCGCUGUGGGAGGGGAGGCACACGAUGAGGCGGACGGCGGUGGCGGUCUGGGCGGACGUUUGUGGGAGGGGUGGGGGGAGGAAGAAGGGGGUUAAUGGGAGGAAGGAGGAGGCCGAGGCUGAGGCUGAGGCUGAGGCGGUGGUUGUGGAGGGGAGGGAGAAGGUGGAUGGGGUUGGGAGUGGGAGUGGGGGGAGUGGGGAUGUGACGCCGACGGGUGGGGAGAAGGGGGAGAAGCAGUGA